CCAACAGCCCUCGCCGUUAAAUCAACAUCUAGUAGCAAUGGCGGCGCAGGUCGUCGCAGCAGGCGACGGCGGCAGCUGGCCUCAGCAAUGGCGGCUCACGCUCGUGCUGGCGGCUCUCGUCCCUCUGCUCAGCCUCUGCCUACUCCUAGCGAGAACAACAAGAAGAGCAAGAGCAAGUAGCUGGAGCAGCAGCAGCAAAGGCCGGCGCCUCGACGUCCACCGCCUGCCGCCGGGGCCACCGAGGUUGCCGCUCCUGGGCAAUCUGCACCAGCUGGGCUCGCUGCCGCACCGGAGCCUGCGCGAGCUGGCGCGCCGCCACGGGCCCGUCAUGCUGCUGCGCCUGGGCAGCGUGCCCACGCUGGUGGUGUCGUCGGCGGACGCGGCGCGGGAGGUCAUGAAGGCGCGCGACGCCGACUGCUGCAGCCGCCCCGACACGCCGGGGGCCAGGCGCCUCUCGUACGGCCACAAGGACGUCGCCUUCGCGCCCUACACCGACUACUGGCGCCAGAUGCGCAAGCUCUUCGUCGUCGAGCUCCUCAGCGCGCGCCGCGUCCGGGCCGCCGACCACGCCAGGGAGGCCGAGGUGGACAAGCUCAUCGCCAGGCUGAGCAGCGCCGGCGGCAAGCCGGUGCAGCUGGAGGACCACAUGUUCGCGCUCAUGGACGGCGUCAUCGGCACCGUGGCGUUCGGGAACAUCUACGGCGCGGAGCAGUUCGCGCACAGGAACCACUUCCACGACGUGCUGGACGAGGCCUUGAGCGCCAAGGCCGGAUUCUCCGCGGAGGACUACUACCCCAACGCCGCCGGCCGCCUCGUCGACCGCCUCACCGGCGCCGCCGCCCGCCGCGAGAGGGUGUUCAGGGACCUUGACGCCUUCUUCGACACCAUCAUCGACCAGCACCUGGUCGACCCGUCGUCAUCGCUGUCCAGCGCCACGACGACGCCCGACCUCAUCGACGUCUUCGUCGACCUCAUGGAGGAGAGCCGGCGCCAGCCACAGGUCCACGGCUCCCUCCGAUUCACUAGGGACCACAUCAAAGGGCUGCUCUCGAACGUUUUCACCGCUGGCGUGGACACGAGCUCGGUGACCAUGGUGUGGGCGAUGGCGGAGCUGAUCCGGAGGCCGGCGAUGCUGAGGAAGGCGCAGGAGGAGGUCCGGUCCGUGGUGGGCGGCGACAGGGAGAGGGUGCACCCGGACGACGUGCCCAAGCUCAGGUACCUGAAGGCGGUGGUGAAGGAGACGCUGCGGCUGCACCCGGCGGCGCCGCUGCUGCUGCCGAGGGAGACGAUGCGGCACGUGAGCGUCUGCGGGUACGACGUGCCGGCCAAGACGCGGGUGCUGGUGAACGCAUGGGCCAUCGGCAGGGACCCCCGCAGCUGGGGGCCCAGGCCCGAGGAGUUCGACCCCGCCAGGUUCGAAGACGGCGGCGACGUGGGGUUCAACGGCACGCACUUCGAGCUCAUCCCCUUCGGCGCCGGCCGCCGGAUGUGCCCGGGCAUAGCCAUGGGCGUGGCCACCAUGGAGUUCACGCUGGCUAACUUGCUCUACUGCUUCGACUGGGAGCUCCCGGAGGGAGUGGGGGUCGAGGACGUGAGCAUGGAAGAGGCCGGAAGCCUCACCGUCCACAAGAAAACGCCGCUCCUCCUUGUCCCCACAAGAUACAAAGCCAACUGUCAGAGUCGUCACUCUUUCCAAUUUUGAAAACAACGGUACAAGACUGGUCAAUCUUGUGGUGGAUUUUCGAGG